AUGGCAAGGACACCAGAUCGAGCGAGACACGUGAUAACAACGAGGAGGGGCAAACGUUUGGAAGCGAAAAGAGGAGGGAGAAUGGAAAGGGGAGAAAUAUCGGUUGCAGGGGAAAGACAAGACGCGAACCUAUGGCGGAAUAAUCAGACCAGUGAAGAUGACUUUAAGGAAGGCUCGAUACACACUUCUGACACGGACACCGCUAUAGAGGAAGAAAUGACCCAUGAAGAGUUGGAAGAAAACAUUGACGAGGAACACAUGACGUUGGAUCAGCUAAGGGAGACACUUCGCCUUGAACGGGAACGAGACAGGGAUCUAGCGGAGCAGCAUGCUCGACUGAUGAGUCCAAACGCUAUGUGGGCACUACAAAAUCGUCAACUUAACAAGGAAGCAGCGACUGACGCCAUGGACUCGGAAGGAAACACGAUAUCUUCAGGAGAAGAAAGGACACGACAGAGGAAGUACGACCGCGAGGACGACGGAGGAGAGCGACGAAGGAGACAACGAAGAGAAAACAGUGAAGAAAGAGAUCAGAGAAGGGCGUUGGAGGAAACGAGAUGGGAAGAUCAAAGACGAAGGUAUGAGGAAGAAAGAAUGAACGAAAACGAUAGGAGGCGUGAAGAGGAAAGGAAACACGAUGUAAACCAAGGACACGAGGAAGUAACCAGACGUGGGGGAGGAAGGCUUAGCGUAAUGAGAGGCGACCAUCAUGAAGUAAAUGGAGGAAACCUGAACAAAGAGGUCUUGAUUGAGCUACGAGAUAUGAGGACACUGAUAAAAAAUUCGUGA